GAUGCUUCAGAGUGGGGACGAUGUUCGAUUGGACCUUUGCACCCCAGAUAGCAAUGUCCCACGCUACCAGCUGUAUGUGUGUGACAGACCAUCGGUCUCCGCCGCUUCCUUAAAGUUUGCCAUCUUCAUCGUCCCCCAGGGAAGAGAAACGGAGUGGUUGUUUGGGAACACGGAAGGCAGGAGACAGCUUGCGGAGUCGUGCUCCGCAGAGCGCCUCGUGGUGGUGCACUUGAGCCGUGGACACAGCUACUCCGGGCUCGAGCAAGUCAAGACAGAGCUGUCCCAGAAGGUCAUGGAACUGGCUCCGGCUUCGCACACCACCGGGAAACAGGUCCCUUUCCUGUCGACGAGAGACAACGUCGGCCACCGGGAAGUGAGGCACAGCGGCACGAGUGCCCUGAGUGGCGACUACCUGGUCGAGGACGUCUCCCUCGACGGAGACGUCGUUGUGAGGCGCCUCAUUUUCCUCGACAAGCCCCACGUCGUCCAGUCGGAGGCACGGCUGAAGCAGGUAAAAUCUAAAAAGAAAGGCAGAAGUGGCAACAAGACUUUUGAGGUGGACGUGAACCAUCUGUGCUGCGAAUACUACAAGUACAUGGUGGCUGGCCUGGCAUUUGUCAUGCCAAGGGCUACUGAACACAAAGCUACAGCCCUGUUGGUGGGACUUGGUGGUGGCACCCUGUCAAUGUUUCUGACCACAAAGUUUCCAAAGCUGGUGCUCUCUGUUGUGGAGCUGGAUCCCGCAGUAGUAGAUGUUGCGAGAAAAUGGUACCUGCCACCCAACUGCCCCAUCGACAUCACCAUAGAUGACGGCCUGUGUGCUCUCAAAAAGUUCGCCGAGAAAGGGAAGGUCUUCGACGUGAUAUUCUUGGACGUGGACAGCAAGGAUCUAUCCAAAGGAUUGACCUGUCCUCCCGCAUCAUUCUUAGAAGAGGCUGCUCUGAAAUGUCUUGCGGCCAUAACAGCACCCACUGGUGUAGCUGUUGUGAACUUCGUGUGCCGCAACGAAGCUUUGAAGAGUGACGUGUACGAAAGCCUCAAGCUCCACUUCUCCAGCGUUCUUGUCCGGGAAAUACCCGACGACGUCAAUGAGGUGCUCUAUCUUAAGCACAAAAAGCAAGCACUCGACGGCGGGGAACUCUUGGGCAGUCUGAAGACGCUGAACAACCUCAUCAGAGACUCCGAAAACUCCAACGACAUAUUGGACCUUUUUGGUGAAUUAAAGAUUUCCUAAAGCCUUC